AUGUCGACAAAUCCUCAAGACAUGAGCCCUGCUGAGGAGGCUUUUUUGCGAGAGAGGAAAAUAAAGUUCGAGAAAGAAGCUGAGGAAAACAAAAGUGGCAUACAACAAAAGGCUGUCGACUACGCGUUGACUAAACAUCGGACAAAUUUCAUUGAGAAGCAGCUGUUAGAACGUCAGGCCAGAGAUGCAGAGUUAACUGCACAAAACUCGACGCUCAAGGCUGAGGACGAGUGGUUGAGAGCUGAACUCAAGCGGCGCAGGGAAGACGCAGCUAAACACACGCAUACAAAGUCUACAGAAUGA